AUGCUAAAAGUGUUCGAAACAGCUGAUGAAUUAAAGGAAGCUGAACUAUUAACCAGUGAUUCGAUUUUUCUCCUACCAAUACACUAUUCCAUAAGACACGAACGUUUGGGUAUUUAUCCGGAAGCGAAAUGUACAAUAUUGGGAUAUCCGGAAAAGAAACCGUUUUUAUGGAUGGUGAUACGGCGCAACAAGUUUACAAGGGCACACGUGUUCGUAUGCAGUCGUACGCAACGUUUUGUCGACGUCGACGAUAUCGACGCAUUCGUGAUUCAUGCUCUUCCACAUCUUCUCAAAUUAGAACAAUUUGCUGCACGAAUUCUUGGCAGACAUUUAAGCAGUCGCAUGACUGAAUUGCUUUCAACUCAUUUUGAUUUCUCAGCUCCAAGUUAUUUGUCCAGUUAUUUUAUCAUCGAGAAGCAUAAACAAAAGCAAAUUACUGGUAUGGAUAUUAAACUUGCUGAGAGUUAUUCAUUUGUAGAACUCGAUCCAAAGCGUCAUGCUGAAACGAUAGCAAGUUGUUGGAAAUUUUCUACACAUGGUGAACGUGAUCAGUUUGAAGCAAAGAUCCGACGGUUACCAUCGGUUGGUGUUCAAAGUCAUGAUGGAGCGUUAGUAUCAUUUACCGUUUUGGAUGCUUCCGGAUUCUUCAACAAUCAGUUCACGUUUGUAGAGCAUCGUCAACGUGGAUUAGCUGAUCGAAGUGAACUGAAAUUAUGCCAGAAAGUAAUAGCAUUUGGUUUGUAUCCGAUGAAAUUUGUCGAGCAUGAGAAUACGGCAGUUCUCGAGCGUUCUUACCGAUCACAGUGGUGGAGUACUGUAAAUGAUGAAGUUGGCAUUCCAGUUAUUAACGAUCAUCGUGUUGUCUAUCGACGAAUACCAUCACAUUUAUAA